UGGCUGGACUCAGCCGCGCCCCCACCCCGCUGAGCUAGAUCAGCACACCGGACAGCGCCAUCCGCCCACGUGCUGGGGGCGGGGUCCCGGCAGCCCACCACUCGGCGCCUCCAGGAGGGUCCUAUCCAGCCACCUAGCAGGAGUGGGGGGGGGAUAGGGUACUUGGGUACCUCUGCAGGAAGCACCGCAGGAACCCGACGCCAUGUUCCCGGAACCCCCUACCCCUGGCUCUCCAGCGCCUGAGACACCUCCAGACUCCAGCCGCAUCAGGCAGGGUGCAGUGCCUGCCUGGGUCCUGGCCACCAUCGUACUGGGCUCAGGCCUCCUGAUCUUCAGCAGCUGUUUCUGUCUCUACCGGAAGCGCUGUCGGAGACGGAAGGGCAAGAAGAGCCAGGCCCAAGCACAAGUCCACCUUCAGGAAGUGAAAGAGCUGGGCCGGAGUUACAUAGAUAAGGUUCAGCCUGAAAUAGAGGAGUUGGAUCCCUCACCAUCCAUACCAGGCCAGCAGGUACCAGACAAGCACCAGCUAGGACGACUGCAGUAUUCACUGGAUUAUGACUUCCAGACGGGUCAGCUCCUGGUAGGCAUCCUGCAAGCUGAAGGGCUGGCGGCGUUGGACCUAGGAGGUUCUUCAGACCCCUAUGUUAGCGUCUAUCUGCUGCCAGACAAGCGGAGGCGACAUGAGACCAAGGUGCAUCGGCAGACCCUGAAUCCACACUUUGGGGAAACCUUUGCCUUCAGGGUGCCAUAUGUGGAACUGGGAGGCAGAGUGCUGGUCAUGGCAGUAUACGAUUUCGAUCGCUUCUCCCGCAAUGAUGCCAUCGGGGAGGUGCGGGUGCCCAUGAGUUCAGUGAACCUGGGCCGGCCUGUGCAGGCCUGGAGAGAGCUGCAGAUGGCUCCCAAAGAGGAGCAGGAGAAACUGGGGGACAUCUGCUUCUCUCUUCGCUACGUCCCCACGGCCGGAAAACUCACCGUCAUUGUUCUGGAAGCUAAAAACCUGAAGAAGAUGGAUGUAGGAGGACUCUCAGAUCCCUAUGUGAAGGUGCACCUGCUUCAGGGAGGCAAAAAGGUUCGGAAGAAGAAAACCACCAUUAAGAAGAACACCCUGAACCCCUAUUAUAACGAGGCCUUCAGCUUCGAGGUGCCCUGUGACCAAGUGCAGAAAGUCCAGGUGGAGCUGACUGUAUUGGACUACGACAAGCUGGGCAAGAAUGAGGCCAUCGGGAGAGUGGCAGUGGGUGCAGCCGUUGGUGGGGCUGGCCUACGGCACUGGGCUGACAUGUUGGCCAACCCCAGGCGGCCCAUUGCCCAGUGGCACUCAUUGCGGCCCCCUGACCGAGCCAGGCCAAUGGUUGCGCCCUGAUCCCUAUAUCAGGCAAACACCCGACCAGAUCCCUCGCUCCCAGCCCCUACACCUCUCCCCACAAGCCUCUCCAGACAUUGCAUCCGUUCCUACCUCCACACUGGAAAUAUUUCUAACUUCUAGCACCACUCCCAUGCCCCGAAGCCACAGUGAUCCUGCGGGGAGGUGGUUAAGUCUAGCAUCCCCUGCCCCAGGAUUCUACCCUCUGCUUUGACAAUCAGCUGCAAGGCCUGUUAUCUCCUUUCUCCCAAUCUCUUAGCUCUUCCCACACAGCUUAACCCCUGUACACUGCUCCUGGGGCCAAAUAAAUAUUCAGCAGCUUGGAGACUCA